AUGGAAGUAACUCAAGAAUUCAUUAGUAUUGGAUGCAACAGACUUACUCAAGCGCUGGCUUGGGGUGCAGACGGACUAGCAGCAUUCGGAGCUCACCAUGCAGUUGCAUUAUAUUACCCUAUGGUAUUUUUUAUGCUUAACCAGCGUAAUGUGGCCAUUGUCUCGGGAUCUGCAGACAAGACGGCUAGGAUUUGGAAGAGGCAGGGCAGCAGGGGAAAUGAUGGCCAGUGGAUUUGCUCCGCUGUUCUAGAAGGACAUACCGGAUCUGUAAUCACUCUUGGAGUUGUCAGAGCCAGAUCAAUCCACGAGAACCAGGGCAAAGAUCUCUUGGCGACUGGCUCAGGUGAUGGAACUAUCAAAAUUUGGGAGCGUAAAGAGUACCCACAGUCAAUUGCUAUCUCAUAUCUACCCAAAACCACUGUUCCUAUCAUGGCAGUAGGCAGUACGGACAACAAGAUCAAUAUUUACUUGAUGCACAAAAACCAAUUUGAAAAGGUUCUCUCGCUUCAAGGGCAUGAUAACUGGGUACGCUCACUGGAUUUCACCACAUUUACAAAGGAUGAAGCCAUGAAAAAAACUUCACACCAUCACACUCUGCAAGAUGGAGACUUGCUACUUGCUUCUGGAUCACAAGACAAAUACAUUCGUUUGUGGAGAAUAUCUGCAGUUGAUAAGAAGGAAGAGGAGCAACGGGAUGAAGCCCAGAAUGAAGGAUCCGAAGGCGCCUUACUCCUUGGACAUGAAGAUUGGGUCUACACUAUUAACUGGCAGCCUGCCAUGAAUCUGAAUGGGAAGUACCACCAGCCCAUGUCCUUGCUCUCAGCCUCAACGGACAAGAGUAUGAUGAUCUGGAAACCAGACGAAGCAACAGGUGUUUGGGUGAAUAACACCCAGAUGGGUGAGGUUGGAGGUAAUACUAUUGGAUUCUAUGGAGGCCUGUUCGGACCAGAUGGACGCUGGAUCUUGGCAUAUGGCUAUAAUGGCGCAUUCCAUAUUUGGAAGAAUGAAGGGGACGAAAUUGGAGAUCGGUGGAUGCCACAGGUUCCAGCAAGUGGACAUUAUGCUCCUGUGCAGGAUUUGACAUGGGACCCAACGCAAUCGUAUCUUGUGACAGUCUCACUUGACCAAACCGCACGUUUAUUCUCCCCUUGGACACAUACUAUCAGCAAAGGCAACGGUAACAAUGAUAGCUCCGUGACUGAAACAACCGUCUCAACAUGGCAUGAGAUCGCGCGUCCACAGAUUCAUGGAUAUGAUGUUCAGUGCAUCGCUUUCUCCUCCAAAUACACAUUCAUCAGCGGCUCAGACGAAAAAGUGCUCCGUGUCUUUGAUGCGCCUCAGACAUUUGUCCGAUCUCUGGCUUACUUGACUGCUAACGACUCUUUGCUGGGAGACGAAAGCUCGCGCCCUGUGGGGGCCAACUUACCUGCAUUAGGUCUUUCCAACAAAGCUGUAUUUGAGAAUGAUAUUGCAUCGAUGGUGGAGGCUCAAGAAUCUGAAGAGUAUCUGUCACAGCAAUCAUUUGUCUCCACAGGCGCCACACCCACAAGCUUAGUCGAGACCAUGACUCACCCACCAUUUGAGGAACAUUUAUUGCAACAUACAUUGUGGCCAGAGGUCGAGAAAUUGUUUGGACAUGGAUAUGAGUUAAUGUGUGUGGAUGCUUCACAUGAUGGAGAAUGGAUUGCAUCUGCUUGUAAGGCUCAUACACCUGAUCAAGCGGGCGUUCGGUUAUUUAAUGCCAAGACUUGGAAGCAAACCCCACAUCCACUGCAGUCUCAUACCCUCACAGUGACUAAAGUCAAAUUUUCACAUAGUGACAAAUAUCUUCUGAGUAUUUCCAGAGAUCGUUUGUGGAGCUUAUUUGAACGAGUUGAAGAUUCUGAUGAUCCGUACAAGCUUGUGGCAAGUAAUAAGGCGCACGCUCGUAUUCUAUGGGAUUGUUCUUGGUCCUAUGAUGAUUCUUUGUUCGCAACAGGUUCGCGUGAUAAAACAAUUAAGAUCUGGUCAAAGACUGCUCAGGUGACGCCUGUAUGGAAUUGCAUUGCGACGAUAAAAUUGCCUGAAGCUGUCACCGCCGUCGAGUUUGCACCCAAGAUCCCUGCUGAAAAUGGCGAUGUCCCUGAGGCGUGGUCAUCAUUGGGUGAGAUCAAGCGCGAGCUCACGCAUAUUGGUACAGUGAACGGAUUGGCGUGGAGACUGGCAACGGACGAGUCAGCUGGUGUGAAAAACAAGUUGCAAUUGGCUAGCUGCAGCGCCGAUCAUUCUGUCCGCUUAUUUAAUAUUAGGAUGCUUUAG